UGGACGGCAGCCGGUGACUUCUGCUUUUAUUGACCGCGUCCAUGCCGUCCAUGCCGAGGGAAGAGUCCUCGAAUUUUGACUUUCCCAACCGGCGCCUCGCCAUCGGGCUCGCCGCCUCGGACUAAAACUUCAUCGCCUGUGUACUGACAAUGAGCGGCAAGCACCCGCUGCACCAAGUUAUUGAAGUGCACGAGUUGCGAAGCGCUUCGUCCUACGACGCCAUAGCGGGGACCGUCGCCGCCGCCGAUAAGUUCCUCGCGUAUCACCACCUUACUAGUGAAGAGGCCCAAAGGCGCUUGCUCACGGCAGCAGAUGACGAACUUGGAAAAUACAAAGAUGCAGCAAAGUCACCGGGCGCCAGCAGGCAGUGGCUCGUAAAGUCCAGCACCGUGUUGACAGCCGGUGCCGCCCUAGGCUUGCUUGCUUUCUUUAUAUACGAGCAAAUUACCCACUCAAUAUAUCAAUGGCGGGCGACAAGCGCCUUGGUUGAGUCCGCACUGCUGGCGGGGCUAUUGGCGUUGAACCUAUGGCUUUUCGAGCGCGAGACAAGGUUGACGGCGAUGGAGAUGAGCAUGCGCAUCAAGGGCGUGGUUGAGCAGCUGCGAACUUUUGGAAUGAGUCGGAGAUCGGAUCUGAAACUUCCCACGUCAAUACCCACAGUAUGCCUCAGCCGCGUGGUUCGGGACCAAAGCAUAUUCACGCUGCCCUUCAACCUGAUCGUGACGGAUGACAUCGUGCAACUCGCAUACGGGGAUACUGCUCCAUGCAAAGUACGCUAUGUGAAUAGUCAUCUAGACAGUGUACCGGGAAGCGAGGAGCGCGAAUACGUGCUGCAGAAGGGACAGGUGUUUCGACCGAGUCUGUUCACCUCGCCGCCUGACCCGACGAUCAUGCGGAGGGCGGCGCUGAACGAAGGGCAGUUCCAUUUUCGAGCGAUGGAGACGCCGCUGGUUGACACACUUCAAAAAGCUUUAAACACCAAACGGCCCAAGACGGUCAUCAUGAAACAGUUCAGCGUCCUCAUCGAUUACUACUUCACCCGCUUCCUGCUAGGCGUCCUGGGUGUGGCUUUGGUCGUCAAUGCUGUUCGAUAUGGAACUCUGGGGACGUCGGAUCAGGAGAAGCGGAGACAGGGUCUCGAGUUUUUGGUGGUCUUGCAAGUGUACGCUAUCUUGCCGAUACUGCCGCUGGUUCUGCCGACGUUCUUCAUCAUUAUUCGGAGCUAUGGCAAUGCGCAGAUCAUGUCGUUGUUCGAUGCCCUUCAGACAUCGAAAACGGAGUUUGAAGAUCGGGAGGACAUUGAUGAGUUUGAUGCUGCUCCGCCACCGACGAAGGAUCUGGUGCUCGACUGGGGUCUUGUCAGAAAGCGAUUUUGGGAUCAAUUUGUCAACGUUGAUGUUAGCUUUCUGGCGCGCACGACGGGUUUGGUCACAUCGCUAGCCAGCGCGACGGUGAUAUGCGCCAUUGAUCGAGAGGGGACGAUCUCCUUGCCAACUCCAACUCCAGAACAACUCUUCGUGUUUGAUGACGAAGGGUCGCCCGUCCUACUAGAUCUAGCCGAAGACACGACAGAUCAAGUCAUCCGGUUUCAAGAACGAGACUGGGAGCAGUACAUAGCUUCCUUGAAACCCAUAGGACUGAAUCUUCUGCUGAACACCGACUGCGGAGCUACCCAGGGCAGGAUUCGGUUGGAGCAUCAUCGAAAGGCAAAUGGACAACAGAUGCAUGGGCAUAUCAAGCCUGGACGACAGGCCUGCCUUUGUCAGAUUGGAAAGCAGAUUGGGUUCUCGGCUGAGGUCCUCCGAACUUUCCAAGCGCAAAAGACGAUACAUGCGUUUGCGCCCUACCACCAAACCACUGCCCAUGUUGCCGAGUAUCACUUUGAGGUUCCCAGCUUCGUGUCGAAGAUCUACAAGGAAACUGCUACGAGUUCAUAUCAGCUCUUCACAGAAGGCAACGUCGAUUUGAUUACUGAGUCAUGUAGUGACUAUUGGACGGGGAAGGGCCUGGAUCCGAUGGAUGAUACGGUUGAGAAGAAAGUUCUUGAUUACUAUCAGAACGCAGUCAUCAAUGACGGGCAGGUUGUUGCUUAUGCAUACCGCCCUGUGCAAAACCCGAGACUCCUUCCGCUCUUACGCGAAGAUGGGAAACCACCAACUGCUGUGCCAGACUCAGUGUACUUAGAGUGCGGCGCCGAUAACAGUAAUGUUGGGUCGGCGGAAGGCGUGCCGCGAAUAUCGUCAGCUAGCAGUGCCAGCAUUCCGUUGGAGACAUUAGGCGAACAUUCGCCGGUGGUAGAUAAAGGGAAGCACAAACAUCGCAAAAGACUGAUGACGAACAUGGAGCGGUUGAGAUCCUCCCAAGGCAUUGAGGAGAAGCAGCUAUGGAGCGACGUGACGAAAGGGCAGAUCUUCCUCGGCAUGGCCCUCCUCAGCUACCAACCUAAAGCCAACGUCAUCAACUUCAUCGAGGAUCUCGGGCUCGGUGGCAUUCGCUUCGUAUACUUCUCAUCAGCGCCCGAACGCGAGAGCAAAGCGUAUGCUGAGCGGUUGGGUCUCGAGAUCGACUGGAAUAGCUGUAUCAUUCUGUCAUCCGAUAGCGGCGAGUCGCCAGGGUACCUUGAGAUCCACGACAUGAAAGCCAAGCUGCCCCGUGGUGUUGAUAAGAUACGGGACCAUAUUCGAGAUGUGGAUGACGUGCCUCUGCAUGUCUCGUUGUUUGCUGAAUGUGAUCCGCCGUCGAUAAGUGAGAUGGUUCGCAUAUUUCAGGAGCAUGGGGAGGUGGUGUGCUGUUUGGGCAGCACGUUGAACGAGAUGAAUGUGGAAUGCUUUGCAUUGGCGGAUAUCAGCAUUGGUAUUGACCCACUCAGCGUCCUCAAAUCGAGAAAUCAACCCGCAACCGGGCCUAUCUCGUCCCUCAAUCUCGGCGCAUCCUUCACUGCCUCGCCUUGUGCUUUCUCCUUGCACAGCGAUACGAGCAUAUACAGUCUCGGGCAGAUCAUCCGAGAUGCUCGAACCCUUGUGGAGGGCGGGCGGCAGGCGAUAUCCUUCUGUAUGGCAGGAGCAACAGCACUGUCCCUCAUGAUGAUCGUCGCAGAUUGUCUACUGUUGCCGCCGAUCUUCACUGGGUACCAAAUACUCUGGGUAACGACGAUACUCCUGCCACCUCUGGCGUUCUCUUUCUUGUUCUCGCCGUAUGAUCCCCAUGUGAUGACCAACAUGCCAGGCAAGAAUAUGGACCACCUGAAGGAUAAAUUGCGAUUCGUACGAUACUUCUGCGCACGCUUCAGUGGUGUGAUCUUAGUCUGCGUUUUGGUCUUUGCGGUAUCCCUGGAGUAUCUUACAGAUCGGGGUGACAACUCGCCCAUUGUUUUUGGAUAUUACAAGAACAAGUCCUGGACGACGCUCGAUAGCCGCGACCAAUGGGCAUUGCUUUACGCCCAAAACUGCGCGCUCUUCGUUUGCGUGUUCUUAUUAGUCAUCGUAUCCUCCACCUUCCUUCACCGCACCGGCAACCUCCUCACGAAUCCACCCUACCACAAUCGCAUAUGGAUCGGCGUCUCCCUUCUCUGCAUCGUCGUUCAAAUAGUGUUCUGCACCAUCUCACUCGUCCCUUCACCACACAAGAAACCAACAGUCGACGCGCCAGUCAGUAUAUCACUGUCGGCCCUACCAUGGUGGUUGUGGGUGAUUGCCUUUGUAGCCGCGCCGGUCGUGCUACUGCCCGUGCAGGAGUGGGUGAAGGUAUAUGAUAGGGCGGAGUGGGAACGGUUUCAGAAACGGAGCAAGUUGGAGUUCAAUACCAAACUGGGCAUGCACUCCCCGUUAUGAGGAUUCAGCUCCGUCCAGUUAUCACCAUAUCAUUCAUCUAUACCCACAAUCACUCCAUUAUGUCCGGAAUUAAAGUGAUGUUCGCAAAUCACCAACUGAGCUAAAGGGCCCAUACCAGACUGGGUGUCUUGGGAAACAGACCACUCACUGCUCAAUCCCCUUCUGUCACACUGCUGGCAGCGAACCGCAAAAUAAGGAGAACCUAUAAACAAGGUCGCACCGACCAAUAUGCAACCCGCAGCCAUGUCCCACAACUGAGAGACGCACUUUCCUGCACAUGCACCAAGGACAGAACACAAUAGGCAUGAGUCGGACCAGAUCCAGCGGCCGGCUGACCUGUAAAACUCGAAAUUUAGUAACAAACAGCGGGAUGGUUUCUAUUUCGAAUACCCGUGCCAAAGGUCUCGUAUCAUACUCGACCCGGU